CUCGUACACCUUUAGAUCAUAUUCACGAUUUCUUUAUUUCAAAAUACCUGUGUUUGUAUUGAUCCCAUACCUGUACUUCUCAACAUUUAUAACAAAAAUGGCGAACAACAUCAUAUGUGUUUUGGGAGUUUAUCUUUUAUCUUUGCUUACAGAAACAGUGAAAGGCUGGGAUUACUGUACAUACUAUAUCAGUACCUAUUUUCAAACUCAUGGAAAGUACUGUUCUAAUGGUUGCUGCAGUUACACAACGUACAAUCCAUGUUGUUCAGACUACUCAGAUAACUAUUAUGACAAUUAUUAUGACUAUUAUUAUAGUCACACAGUAUCUGCAGGAGCGAUUGCGGGCAUUGUGAUUGGAUGUCUCGUCGGAAUGGGCGUGUUUAUAACUGUAAUUAUCUGUGUUUGUAAUGCAAGCCGCAGAAAUACUGCAUAUGGAGGACAAGUGAUAACAUCAAAUAAUCCCGGUACAACGGUGUCGUACAUCAGUACGUCUAAUGGGACACAUGUACAGCCAUAUGCACAGCCAUAUGCACAGCCAUAUGCACAACCUUACGGAGGCCAAGUAAAUGGUGCUUUUGCAGUUGGUCAAACUACGCCAGCAUAUAGCAAAGGGAAUACUUCAGCCCCACCCCCGUCAUAUACAAGUGUUGUGAAUGAUCCUGGACACCAGACAUCAACAAAUGUACAGGCACCAUAUCCUACGCCAUCUGACCAGACACAUUAUUCGGAUUUGAUGCCACAUUCAGAUGGCAGUGAACAUCAUUACAGCACGAUAUCUGAAAGUAACACGCCAUCCGCACCAAGUGCUGGAUAUACAGACUGAUGUUUCACUUCAAUUGGUACCGCUUAUGUGAUUAAAUCAUAUGUACAAAUGAACAACAUGUAAAGUAAAUCUUCAAUGAAAAUGGUUACACUAACUCUCUGCAUUCUUGCCGACUAUUUUCGAUGUAUAUUUUUGUGCUAUAAAUGUUUCAUGUAGCCGAAAUUUGACUUCUUUUUAUUGCAUAGAACUUUCUUAUUUUAUGGACAUUGAACAGGUUUAUCUUUUAGAGAAUUAAAAAAGAAAAAAAAAUGACUUUGUUCAUAUCGACCUAUAGUUUUUUCAUGUUGUGAUUCAAGUAUUUGUUUACCAGCAUUAUGAAUCUCAUAUGCUUCUUUUAUGUGGAUCUCUUCAAGGUCAACGAUAUUAAUCACUUAUAUUUCAUUUUCAUGAAAUUGAUACCAGUUCAGAACAUAUGACCAGCUAUUAUAUUCGGUGUUAUUAUGUUUUUAUUGUAAAAACGUGUAAUGUUUGCUGAGAAAUGAUAAUAUCUUCUAUGCAAAUGCUGGUAAAAUGUAGGUAAAAUAAUAACUAUUAAUAGACAUUUGUCAUAUAUAUAAUUAAUAAAUAUCUACAAAUUCGCCAUUACAGAAUCUAAAGGACUAUGGGUAUUCUCAUUGUUCGUACACCCAAAUGAAAAUAACGUUGAGUCAUUGAUUCAAUUUCCAUUGUUUAGAACGUUUUAAACCAAUCACAACGUUUUUGGUGUCCGCUUUUGAAAAUAUUACCCAGAAUGUUUUAGAUUCAGAAACGGCGAAUUAUAACAUAUGGUCAUUGUUGACUGUUACAUGUAACAUUAUUUUCGACAACUUAAUAAUUUUUCUUAACCCUUAAAUGGAAAUGAUUUUGAUCAGAGAAGGAAGCAUGCGAUUGAUUAGAAAAAUAACAUUGAUAAGAUUAAAAUUGUUGCCUAUACAGGGUCUAUUUGGGUCAAAGAUUUGGGUUUGAAUGUUUUCACAAAAGGAAUAUAAAUAAUAUCCACAGCACAUGUAGAUACAGGAAAAAUCAGGGGUAUUUUGAGGAAAAGUGUAGGCGUAAGGAGCAUAAACAAGCCAAAAAAAAAGAGGACGAAAUGAACUAGGCAGGCAGAACAUUGGAGAAGAAAAUGAAGACUAAAAAGAAGAAAAAGGAAAGAACUGAUGGAAAACGAAACAAAUAUUCCUUGUCAUCUGGUCUAAAUUUAUACAAGAAUAUUUAGUUUUUUAAAUCUUUACAUCUUGAAUUUAAUAUACAUACAGACAUAGUUCAUUGAAAAUAAUUGUAAAUGAUAUUUGAAAUAUUGAGAACAUGUCGUUCAUAAAAUGUUGUAAAUUUUUAUUGAUAAUUGAAAAAGAAAAUUUAAAGAAUAUUCGGGAAUAGUGAUGAUUUUAGAAUUAGUGCUGUGAUAUACUUCAAGUCGAUGUUACUAUUCAUGGCAUCAAUUAUUAUUCUUAAAAAUGUAUGUUUUUGUAAAGUGAGUUUGGGCAAAGAGUUUUUCAAAAAACUUAGUAUUUAUGUAUAUCAUUAUUUUAUUUUGUUAUAGUUUUAUCUGUGUAUGUUGUCAUUAAUCAAGUUAUUAAAAAUGAAGAUAUGUAA